CUUGCGCUGCCUCGGGGCGGGUCCCGGGGAAGGGGCGGGGGCGGCCCGGCCCUACAGGCUCCAUUUUGCGAGUGCGGAGGCAGCGAAUUGACGGCUCAGAAUGUCAUACCCAGGCUAUCCUCCUUCAGGCUAUCCUGCUUUCCCUGGAUAUCCUCCUACAGGACAAGAGUCUGUUUAUCCACCUGCUGGUCAAUAUCCCUAUCCAUCUGUUCCUGGAGGCUUCCCUCCUGUGGGAGGUGGUGCAUAUCCUGCAGCGCCACCGAGUGGUGGGUUCCCAGGAGCUGCAGGAUACCCUGCACCUGGAAGCUACCCUGGAGCUCCCCAACCUGGGGGGAUGCCAUCUUAUCCCGGAGCUCCUACAGGUCCUGGAUUUGGUGUCCCCCCUAAUGGAUCUAGCUUUGGUGGUUAUCCUCAACCUUCAUCUCAAAGCUAUGUGGGAGGUGGACCAGCACAAAUACCAGUGGGAUACCCUGGUGGACAAGUACCUUCCCCAAUGCCUAGUCAGCCUGCAGCAAUGACUCAAAGUACUCAGGGCACAAUUCGAGCUGCGCCCAACUUUGAUGCUGGGAGGGAUGCAGAAAUACUGCGCAAGGCUAUGAAGGGAUUUGGAACGGAUGAGCAGGCUAUCAUUAAUGUUGUGUCCAAUCGCUCCAGUGAUCAAAGGCAAAAAAUCAAGGCAGCUUUCAAGACUAUGUAUGGCAAGGAUUUAAUUAAAGAUCUGAAGUCUGAACUAAGUGGAAACAUGGAAGAACUGAUAUUAGCCUUGUUCAUGCCACCUACCUAUUAUGAUGCCUGGAGUUUACGUCAUGCAAUGAAGGGAGCUGGCACUCAGGAAAGAGUGUUGAUUGAGAUUCUUUGUACAAGGACGAACCAGGAAAUUCGAGACAUAGUCAGGACUUACAAAACAGAAUUUGGAAGAGACAUUGAACAGGAUAUCAGAGCAGAUACCUCAGGACACUUUGAACGAUUACUUGUAUCUAUGUGCCAGGGCAAUCGGGAUGAGAAUCAAUCAGUGAACUACCAAAAAGCUCAGGAAGAUGCUCAGCGCCUCUACCAAGCUGGUGAAGGGAAACUUGGAACGGAUGAGUCUUGCUUUAACAUGAUUCUGGCAACUAGAAGUUUCCCCCAGCUAAAAGCUACAGUUGAAACAUAUUCUAAGAUUGCCAAUCGUGAUCUGUUAAGCAGCAUUGGCCGGGAGUUUUCUGGAAAUGUAGAAAAUGGCUUGAAGACCAUUGUGCAAUGUGCUCUAAAUCGCCCGGCCUUUUUUGCUGAGAGACUUUACUAUUCCAUGAAAGGAGCUGGCACAGAUGAUUCUACACUUGUCAGAAUUAUAGUCACUCGCAGUGAGAUUGAUCUUGUACAGAUCAAGCAGCUGUUCACGCAGAUGUACCAGAAGACUUUGGCUACAAUGAUAUCAAGUGACACAAGUGGUGACUACAGGAAGUUGCUGCUGGCAAUCGUUGGUCAAUAGAAAAGAUUUACAUUUUAACAAAGUGAAGGACAUGUAAUGAGCUUAUUAGGGAGACAAAUAACUAGCCUUGCAUGUAACAAAGAAUGAUUUUCAAUAUUGCAUAACCAAAUAUGCCUUCUUAAUUAUGAAUGAUUUAAGAGUUUUUAUUUUGCACAUAUGGUUGCCUUAAUUUAGAGCACAUUUAUACUUUACUAUAUAAAAAUAAGAUGUAUCUACUGUCAUUUA